CCCACCCCCUCCACCGCCCCUCCCCCAACCAAUCUUGCCCACACCGCAGAUGCCUCCUCCGCCCCCCAACGACGGCGACAGGGACGCCAUCGCCCUAACCCGAGUCUCCUUCCACCUCCCCCAGCUCGUCUUCUCGCCGGCCGCUUUGGAGGAGCCUCCUUUCGCGCGCGCAGCGUGGUCGGGCUGCGGCGACCACCAGAGCUCCACCGUGGCAGGAGCUCCCUCCUUCUCCAGUACGAGGCACCAGCAGAGGGGGACGACUCCUCCUUCCAUCCCUAGCUGCGGCAUCCAACCUCUAACGUAGAUUGAAACCCUAGCCCGAAUCCGGCAGAGGUGCAGCAGCACGGGAUCCCCUCCAAAAACAGUUAAAGGAAGGGGGCGGGCCAUGGAGAAGCUGCAAGGUGUGGGCCUGAAGCCAUGGAUGGAUGUGUUUGGUAUGAGGAUAGCGGACGGCGAGGAGGCACCGAACCAAGCGGCGGGCAAGGACAAAGUGAAGCUGCGCGCACCGUCGUCAUAUCCCUCCUCCGCCUGCUGUUACUAGAAGCAAGCGCAGUACCAUCUCAUUUCAUCCACGAGGCGAGGUAUGACUCAUCCUCGCAUUCUUACUUCGCCUUUGUUUCCUUCAGCUUCUUGAUCCUGAAAUUUUAUGAUAAAUUGGUGAUCGACGAGGACUACUACGGCCCGAUGGGAGUCGUGCUCUUCAACUACUCGAAAGCAGACUUCACCGUGAAGCCCCGCGACCGUGUCAUAGAGAUUAUCGUCCAGGUGAUUACGACGCAGGAGGUCCCCGGGGUGGAGGACCUCGACGCCACCGUCCGGAGGUCACCGAGGUGGAGGACGACGCCACCGUUCGGAGUUCCUCAAGGUGGAGGACCUCGACGCUUUGUACAUACAUCUAGAGAAGUGGUCUGGUUAGGUUGGUGGUGAAAUGCUAGGGAAGGUACCAACCUUUUGAUGAUGGUUGUGUGUGUCCUCGUGAUCUCUUCGAAUUGAGAUGUUGAAUGUUGCAUCCAUGAACACUGCAAGUGUUAAGAUGGUUCUGUGAAAUUUAUUUUGCAUUGGACGUGUC